AUGGCGUCUGGUAUACCAUAUACGCCAAAACCUGCGACCGACAUCUUCACACCAUAUCAGACGGACAUCGACCGACGGCAAUGCAAACGCACAGUGCCGAUGAAGGUACUUGCUCUGGGCUUGGGACGCACAGGUACAGCAUCGUUACGAACAGCGCUGAAAGAACUGGGCUACACAGACACAUAUCACAUGCUCUCUGCCUCAAUGGAGAACCCGCCGGAUAGCCUUUGCUGGCAGGAUGCUUUCGCUGCAAUAUACGAGGGAAAGGGAAAAUUCGGUCGCGAAGAAUUCGACGCAAUCCUCGGACAUUGCCAGGCAGUCUGCGAUUGGCCAGCAAUCGCAUUCUCAAAAGAAUUGAUUGAGGCGUACCCAGAAGCGAAGGUGAUCAUCACAACCAGAGAUGUCGAUACAUGGCAUGACUCGGUGCUGAAAACGGUCAACUGGCGCAACAAUGAUCCAGAAUUAAAGCUCUUGGCCAAUAUGGACUGGGGAGCGGGGCUGUACCAGCCAAUGCUGGCUAAGUUCUUUCACCACUUCUUCAAGGACGAUUUCGAAGGUCAGGGAAAGCAGAUAUUCAAUGACUACUACCAGAGCAUACGUGAGAUGGUUCCACCUGGUCAGCUUCUUGAGUACAGAGUCAGCUCGGGCUGGAGGCCGCUGUGCGAAUACCUCGGACACCCUAUACCAGACGUUCCGUUUCCACGGUCGAACGAUGCAGAUGGCUUUGUACAAAGAUGUCGAGCACAGAAUCGGAAACAAGCUUUGAACGUCAUCUUCAGGUUGGUCGUGGUCGGUGUUCCCAUCAUGACGGCUGCGCUCUCAGCCGGACUGGCAUACAAUCAUUACUUGCCCAAGAUCGUUCUGCCGCCCCUUUCGAUAUUCAAUGCAGCAACUGCAUGA